AUAAUUAUAUCAACUUCAGCUAAGUUCAUUUUAAAAUCCAAUUUACUAGUCAAAUGUACACACAACAGAGGAAUCGUUAAUUUCCCCGAAAAACAGAGACGGAUGCUUUGUUUUUGUCGUUAAAUGGACAGAUAACAGCUCAAACAAGAGUCCACCUGGAAGAAAAAGGAGGUCACUCCCUGUUAGAAUACAUUGCCGAAGAGAGUUCAAAGUAGGUGGGGCAUCAAGCAGUUGACUUGGGCUUUUGGCUGUCUCAGCAUAGGCAUUGAAGAAACCCUUUUAAAACCAUCGGAGGAGUCCUGAAUUGCGAAACCAAUUGGUACUUUGAGAAAGUGAAGCAGAAGGAGAUGGAGAUACAGCAGUCAUGGAGGGUGAGAUUGUCCUUCAAGAACGCGACGAUUUUCUUGACAAUAUUGAAUGUCAUCACUGCCCUUUUCUUGCUUCAUGGAUUUCUCUCCUCCGCCUCUUCCCGCAACAGCAGACUCUCAUCUAACCAAUUCAAUUCAGUUCAGCUGAGCUACAUCAAGGAGUCUGAAGAAAUACGCCUUGCAAUGCGACCUUGGGCACUGAUAAAAAGAGUGAGGGAAAUUGAGCAAGAAGCAUAUGCAGAACCAGAAACAGAGCAACAGAAAGAUACAAAGCAAACUGCUGCUGUUGGUCUUUCAAAAAGUUUAAAGAGUUUUCGUUCUAUUAAUGAUGCCUCCAGCUUGAAAGCCCUGGAAGAAUGGCGUAGUAGAAAGAUGGAACGAGCUAGACUACGGGCGAUGAGCUUCCCCAAACGGGUGCUGUAAUGAUUAUGUGGACUUCAAACCACCUGCUAUAUAAAAGCUAUUUCAAAAUAUAUACAUGUAUAUAUCGCAACGUUAUUCCAUAAAAGAUAGAGCACUUAUGCUUGCCAUCUUAAAGCUAUAUUUAAGAACAGAUCAUUUUAUUGCUAAUAUUAUUGAAAAAAGAAAAUAGUUUAAGUUCGUUUAGCAAACGAGUUAAACUUAAAUUUUAUAGUAUUCAUUUCGUUAAGUUUUGUAAACUGGACUUGUUAACGUUCAAAAGUUUGACUCGUUUUCGAGUCCAUGAGUAAAGCUCAUAAAUUUAGCUCGUUUCUAAGUUUAUGAACAAACUCGCAAACAGACUCAUGAACAGUUCCGCUAAAAAGACUGAGAAUAAUAUCGGAGAAAUAAAUUCAAAUUUUAUAUAUAUUUUCAUGAGUCAAAUCUAAAUUUUAUA